CCAUGAUCACGUGCACUAGCUUGCGAGGAGGUACACAGUUAUUAUCAGGCGGACUUCUGCUCUGGAGUAAUAAUUCACCCAGUUAUUAACUGACUUCUCUUAUUUUGGUCUUCUUAUGGAAAUAGCUCCACAUUUACGGACUAUAGUGAAGUUGGUGAGGGCAAUCGUUUUGUCUCCGACAGAUGUGCCAUACCAAUGCCGCUAUUAAGGCCGCAGUCUCAUAGCCCUCGAUUGCCCCUAACAACCCGUUCGUCAAGCCGCUGCUUUUCACAUUCGUCCAACCUACUCUAUGUAAAAGUCAAACGACCGCCGUGGUUCAGGAGGUUCGCGUCCCGAGUUUUCUUUCUUGGGGCCGCCGCCUGCACCUGGAACUCAUUCGUUUCAGUACAACAGGAUACGACAUCCCGCGAUGUAGAAUUCCAGGGUCAUUCCCCUGACAGUCAUACGCUUGGAGAUACCAAAUCCAAUAAAACAGCGAAACCACAACAAAGCCAUCCGAGUCCCGUUUUCAUACCUAUCGGUUGGAGACGCUUAGAAGAGGGCAAAUUCUAUGCAGCAUCAGAUCCGGAGUGGAAGACGUUCGUCAAAAUCUCUAAAGACCAAAAGAAAAUUCGAGUGCUCAAAGAUGAAUUGGCAUCCAUCGUCCUGACUGAGGCAUCGCAAUCAAGCCUCCUAUUACGUAUGUUGGGGCCACCCUUCACAGUGUCACAACAAUGGUUGCUACACCAUUUCCCAUCCCGUGCACCGCCAGAAUACUAUCAACCAGGGUUGGAAAUCACCGAUGCUUGGAUAUCGUGGGUUUGGAAACCCAUGUCGAACGAGAACAUUAGCAAGUCUGUACGACCGUAUUUUGUGGCGCUUGGGGUAAAGGAUGCAUAUUCAAUACUCUGGGGGAAUUUCCUUGAUAAGUUUAGGACCAAUUAUCGCGAAGAUGGGAGUGCAUUGGGCUUGCCGGACUCAUCUUCGAAGGCGUUACUGCCGUCUGACUUCACGGCACUGGACAAGCUCGGUGAUGCUUCGCGGCCAGAGUCGCAGCUUUUCCAGCCUUCUAGUCCCCAAAACAGAGCGGGUCAAACUGACGCGGACAGACGCCCUCGGCCUUCAACCAUUUUGUCCACACUACAGUGGUUGCCUUUGCCAAAAUUUGGCCCCGGGACAGAUCUAUAUGUAGCCUCACUGGCUUUCAAACAUCGCAUUAAUGAAUGUCAGGAACGCGAAUUACGUGUUUCCCGCCGGGGGACUUUCUUGGUUCGUGGCCCGGUGGGCCUCAGUGGCUCGGUUGGAUUCUGCAGAAUCGAAGUGGAGGGGGAAUAUGACCCAGCAGCCUCGGAGUGGGUGUCCAUUUCUAUGUACCUCAAAGACAUUCGUUCUUUCAAGCAGAAACCCCUUGGUGGAAAAUAAGGAUACGCCGCAUUACACGGUGGGUGUGGUUAUCGACAUCUAUAUAUAUAGAGGCCGCAGUUCUGCUUGAGCCACCGGCACAUUGGCUCUUGCAGUAUCUAUGCGUUAAAAAGCCUCGCGCCCCUUUUUAAUAGAGCAGGAUACUCAAUGUAUUCUCUAAUGCUUCAAAACCAUAUCAUCAGAAGUUGCAUGCAUUGUUACUCUGGCUGCCUUGGGAGAGUCGUAACUUGGUUCGUCCCGCCGUUUACCUCAGUACAGGACUUAGGAAGCUCAAUGGGCGUUUGCGCUAUGCUUACUAACUCAUCGGCGACUACGUCGUGUUUUACCCCGCGGUCCCUUGGAGUA